UAGACGGUUGUGAUUGUGAGUGAAGUUCAGUCAACAAGUCAGUGUCACUGAAUGUACUAAAUUAGCGUUAUCGUUUUCUUUGCCAAUUUACUCUAGAUUAUUCUCAUUGUGUGGUGUUUAAACUUAAUAUUUUGUAUUAACAAUUUUAUACAUGCUGCUCAAUUAGUUUCGUAGAGCACAAUCGUGUGUUCCGAAUCUGCAUCAUAAAACAAUGGACGUGGAUACAGGAGGUCGCUCGCCCUCUGGCUCCCGCAGCCGCAGUCCCUCUGCGGGCUCGGUGUCCAGGAUGUCUCACGAUGGCUCCACACAUUCAAGGCGCAACUCGAGAUCUACAUCACGCUCAAAGUCGCGCUCCCGCUCUAAGUCUCACUCGCGUUCCAAGUCUAGGUCACGCUCCAAGUCUCACUCGCGUUCUAAGUCUAGGUCACGCUCCAAGUCUCACUCGCGUUCCAAGUCACGUUCGCGUUCCAAGUCACGUUCGCGUUCUAAGUCUCAUUCACGUUCCAAGUCUCGCUCGCGCUCCAAGUCUCAUUCUCGAUCGCGCUCCAAGUCUCGAUCGCGUUCUAAGUCGCGUUCGCGCUCCAAAUCUCGAUCGCGUUCUAAGUCUCGAUCCCGAUCAAAGUCCAGGUCACGCUCCAAGUCAAGCGCGCGGUCCCACAGCGGCUCCCACAGGUCGCGGUCUCGGUCUCGCAGUGGCUCCCCGGCGCAGGGCAUGGAGGUAGAUACAGGAACACGUCGCUCCCGCUCCCGCUCCGGUUCGCGACGCUCAAAAUCCAAAUCUCGGUCAAGAUCACGAUCUAAAUCGCGUUCCAGAUCUAAAUCACCUGAUCGAGUGCGUAAAAGUAGGAGUCGCUCGAGGUCUGGCUCUGGCGCUCGUAAGGCUGGCUCGCGGUCACGCUCUGGCUCUCGUUCCAAGUCGAGGUCCCGCUCCAGGUCUCGCUCCGGUUCGCGCUCCAAGUCCCGCUCUCGCUCCAAGUCCCGCUCUCGCUCCAAAUCUCGCUCCCGCUCCAAGUCCAAUUCUCGCUCCAAAUCUCGCUCCCGCUCCAAGUCCCACUCCAGGUCCCGCUCUAAGUCUCGCUCCCGCUCCAAGUCCCGCUCCCGUUCGCGGUCAGGCUCGCAGUCUAGCGCGGGGUCGCGACGCGCUCCCAAGCGGCGCACCGUACGCCUGCAGUCGGAUGACGAGCCCGGCCAGGCCGGGUCCCCCGGGUCCCCCGCGUCCCCCGCCGCCGAGCAGCCCGCAGAGCGGCAGGACGCGGCGCCCGCCGCCGACUCGUCGGACGAGGAGCUGGAGCCCGACCUGAAGUCGGCCGACAUGGCGGCCGGCAUGUCGGACUUCGAGCUGAUGCUGGCGCGCAAGCGGGAGGAGCGGCGCGGGCGGCGGCGGCGGCGCGACAUCGACAUCAUCAACGACAACGACGACCUCAUCGCCCAGCUGCUGCAGCAGAUGCGCGCCGCCGCCGACGAGGACCGCGACCUCAACAAGCGCAACCAGCCCGCCGUGCGCAAGGUGUCCAUGCUCAAGUCCGCCAUGUCGCAGCUCAUCAAGAAGGACCUCCAGCUCGCCUUCCUCGAGCACAACGUGCUCAACGUGCUCUGCGACUGGCUCGCGCCCAUGCCCAACCGGGCCUUGCCCUGUCUGCUCAUCCGGGAGAGUAUCCUCAAGCUGCUCAUGGACUUCCCGUCGAUUGACAAGUCGCUGCUGAAGCAGUCCGGCAUCGGCAAGGCAGUGAUGUACCUGUACAAGCACCCCAAGGAGACCAAGGCCAACCGCGAGCGCGCCGGCCGGCUCAUCUCGGAGUGGGCGCGGCCCAUCUUCAACCUGUCCACCGACUUCAAGGCCAUGACGCGCGAGGAGCGCCAGGCGCGCGACGAGGCCAUGGCGGGGUCGCGGCGGCGCGCGGCGUCGCCCCCGGCCGCCAAGCGCGCGCGCGACGAGCCGGCCGCGCGGCCCGGCGCCCCCGGCUGGGUCGCCCGCGCCCGCGUGCCCGCGCCCUCCUCCAAGGACUACGUCUACCGCCCCAAGUCCACCUGCGAGCUCGACAUGUCGCGGACCACCAAGAAGAAAAUGACGCGCUACGAGAAGCAGAUGAAGCGGUUUAUGGACCAGAAGCGCAUGAAGAGCGGCUCCCGGCGCGCUGUCGAGAUCUCCAUCGAGGGCCGCAAGAUGGCGCUGUAAUGUGAUGUUUUCUUUAAGUCAUAGUGUUUAAGUUGAUAUGGUUACUACGGAACUGAAUAAAUUAUGUGACGAAGCGCUCUGUUUCAUUCACCGCACCUUCCAAUAGCAGAAGGACGUGGCGGUAGACAAAUCUAGGUACUUACAUUGAAUCAAACAACGCGUGCUAAGCGAAACUGAGCUAGAUACGCCCGAUGCUAGAACAACAUGAAGUCAAUUGUUUGUUGUUGUAACAAAUAGUAGUUAGUUAUGAUCCUAAUAUUACAAAAGGAUACCUAAGCUUGAGUAAGGUAGUAACGAUAUACCAGUCUGAAACUAAGGAUUUUGAAUGAUUAUAAACAUUCAGGCUUGCCAUGUAAAAUGAAAACAAUCCAAUGUAACUCUUGAAAAAUAUUGAAGUCAUCCGAAUAAAACUCGAAUGACCAACAGUGGUAUCAAGAAGUCUUAUGCGCACUUAAAAGUGGGCACACACAACCGGUUAGAUAUGUGCAAAUAAUACUUAAUAAACAAUAUUCAUAAUGACUCGAUUGAACAGUAAUUACAACUCUUUGUCGAGUUGAUCUAUCACAUCCAUAAAAAAGAAAAAGGGUAAUUCCCGCAUUUCUGGCAUUAGGUUAUUUGGUUAUUUUAUAUGACAUCACUAUUUUCAUAUUGUGUAUUAAAAGGUGUAUCCAUAUCGAAUUUUUGUUAAUUUUGUAAACUUUUGCUUUUGUAUUCAUUUGAUUGUGCAAAUACGUCGAGUCGUGAUCUGUUGUUCAUUGAUGAAUGACUUACCUAUUUCGAGCAUAAAUAUUUUAACAGGUAGCGUAGGUACCUAAAUACAUAGUUGUGAUAUUAAAUCGAUAUUGAAACAUAA